AGUUCAAAUUAUAGAAAUCUAUCUCUAUCAGUCAUGGUGUGAUUGGUCCCAUUAAUGGAACAUAAUUCCUAUAAUAUUGGAGAUUAUAUGAUAAUAUUUAUGACAGAGCUUAAAAUUAACACCCGCCAAGCGCCAGUGGUGGGUAAAAAAUUAGUUUGGCAUGUAAAACAAAAACACACGCCUGCCAGUGGCCAAUGGAAAAUUUUGAAUUGCAUGCGAGUUUUUGUUUUCAUACUUUCGAACAUUUCUGCCAACUGUCAGACUAUUUUGACCCUCGCGGCACGCUGUACUUGUGUAUGAUUUGGUACGCCGGGAACGGCGUGACGUCAGCUACUGGAGUUCUGUUUAUUCCCUUUGUUUGAAGAAGCACAGCGGGAAGAGCGUAUUGAGGAAGAUGUGGCAACACAUUCCCGGCAUGAAGCCACCACACGAUCAAGAAGAGGAACAGACAGCAAAACGGAGUCAUGUCACUAUAUGACAUUUCAAAGAAAACUGGAAAAUUGAUGAGGCUGGCCAACCUCGGUCCUGGCUGACUUAUGACCCGAAAAACCACAACAUGAGCUGCAGCCUUUGCCGCAAAUACAGGAAGGAUAAACAAGCAAAACCCAUUCGUUGUUGGCACAACGAACCUGAAAUUGGAAAGUAUUAAGGACCAUGAAAAGUCAAAAUGCCACAGUGACAGCUUAAAAACCUCGCAGCCUGUGAGCUCAACCCAUGUCAUCAAGUCAGUGACAGCUAUACCAGACCCAACAAAACGAAAACUUUUCACCAUGUUCAGGACCGUACAUGCAUUGGCAAAGAAGGGAAGGCUGAUGGCCAACUUCGAGUGGAUCUGCGAGCUGGAUGAGAUGAAAGAGUUGCCAGUAGGGAAAACCUAUAGGAAUAAAGUAGAGGCAAGAGUGUUCCUCCAUUAUAUAGCAGACAUGGAAAGAAAAAAAAUUGAAGACGGAUUGGGGAGGGCGAAAUUUGUUAGUAUAAUGAGUGAUGGUUCAACAGAUAGUGCUGUGAAGGAGCAGGAGGUGGUCUAUGUUAGAAGCAGUGUGGGGGGAAAAAUUGAGUCCAAAUUUGUUGGGAUUGAUGCAGUUGACAAGGCAGAUGCAGAAAACAUAACAAAGGCCAUCAAAGAUGUCAUGGAUAAGGUCAGUCAACAGUGGGAAGUUAAGUUUGUGGCAGUAGCCACUGAUGGAGCUGCAGUGAUGGUUGGAGCGAGGACAGGGGUGGUCCAGCGUCUGAGAAGAGACAGACCAUAUGGAGGACACUGUAUGGCGCACAGGUUGGAGCUAAGCUUUAAAGAUUCGGUAAAAAACAUAGUCCUUUUCAAAAAAGUAGAAGAGCUCCUCACAGGCCUGUACAAUUUCUACCAUGUUAGUCCCUUAAAUCACUCUCACCUCAAGAACAGCUUUGCAGCACUGGAAUUGGCACCUAUCAUGCCCACAAGAGUCGGUGGCACAAGGUGGGUGGCCCACCUCCUACAUGCCACUGACCACUUCCUGAGAGGCUACCCAGCCAUAAUGCAUCACUUAAACCGUAUCACAUCCCCAGACGUUCAAGGUGUAAGUACGGUGCAGCAGUGCAAAGCGAAGAGCUUCAGUGCAACUGCCAAGGAAGCUGUUGUGCUUAGAUUCAGUGGGUUCCUACAUGACACACUCAGCCAUCUCAGCAGAGUAUCAGAGACUCUGCAGAAGUCGGACAUCUCCAUCGCUGACGCCCACUGUUGUCUGAGCUCCACACAUGCUGUAUUGGAGAGUUACAAGACCAGAUUUUGGUGAUGCACAAAUUGAUGUGCUUGCUGACCACUUCUCCCCUGUUCUAUCAUCUCCUGAACACAUCCCUGAUGAGUGGACCCUGCUCAAAGCCAGACUUUACCUUGAGCCACAGCUGCUGACAACCCUGACCUGGGAGGAUGUCAACCGGCUUCAUAGGGACACCUGUCCUAACGUCCUGGAACUGAUAGACCUCAUCCUCACCAUCCCUGCAUCAACCGCCGACUGCGAGAGGGGCUUUAACAUCAUGAAAGUGGUGAAAUCAGACUGGCGGUCAAGCUUAAAGGCAGACACACUGUCUGACCUUCUGCUUAUGCAGCUCUCAUCUCCACCCAUUUCUGAGUUUGAUCCCAGUGCUGCUGUCGAGUUGUGGCACACUGACUGCAUAAGAGGUCGGAGGCCUAAUUUUAAGGAUUGUUCUAAGCAGGUUGCUGACACAGACUCAGACAUGUCUGACUCUGAGGCUGAUGAUGUGGUGAUUACCUGAGCCACAAGGACAGUAGAGUUAAGGAAGCCUACCUUUAAAAAAAAGGCAGAUGCAAAUGCACUUGUAUUCAUAUAGCUUUCUAGAAAAAUAUCUAUGGUCUGUGGAGUUCAUUUCAUUUAGACUCAAUCCCAGUUGAUGUUUUUUUCAUUCUUUUCCC